AUGUCUCCUGAUCCGACGAAGAUACAAGCCAUGGUUCAAUGGCCUACUCUAACCUGCGUUAAAGGGUUACGUGGUUUCUUGGGGCUCACUGGAUUUUACCGGAAGUUUGUUCAAAACUAUGCUGCCAUUGAUUUGCCUCUCAUGGAUUUACUCAAGAAGGGCAAUUUUCAAUGGUCUCCAGCGGCUAAAUCAGCCUUUGACGCUUUGAAAUCAGCCAUGACGAGUACCUCUGUUCUCGCGCUCCCAGAAUUUUCUAAAUCAUUCUACAUCCAGAUGGACGCAUCGGGUUCGGCCAUGGGGGCCGUUCUACUUCAGGAGAAUCAUCCAAUAGCUUUUUAUAGCAAGUUUCUUGUUGAUCUGAAAGAAGCGACCUCCACCUUCAAGAAUGGAGUGGCUCCUCAGUUCAGAAGUGGCAGCGAAAUGGAGAAUGGAUGGAGAUAUUCUGGUGCUUUCAAGGUGUUCGAUGAAAUGUCUGGCAGAAUUUUGGAUGUGGUGCGAA